AGCGAGCAGUCCUCCUCGGAUCCGCGCGGUUGUGAUCCAGCCUCUCCGCACAGAAACGGUCGCGUCGCGUGCAAACACGCAGCGUUCACUUUCAGUCCCAUCUGAAUUUUCGGAUGGAAGCUGCCACCGGGGAUCCUUCUUGCACCCUCGCGGCUCCGUGUGCUGGGUUGAUUUGUCCCCCCUCUUCCACCUCCACCUCCUCCUCCUCCUCCCUCUGCGGAGCAUCCGCCGCGCACAGAGUUGCAUUUGGAGAGAACGCGCGGGACACAAACAGCGAUCCUCAAAGGUGAGCAGUGCUGUGGCUGUUCAGGCUAAACGCUCGACUGAAGAACACAAAAUGUCUGCUGCAGACAUCAGACCACUUCUCCUUGCACUCCUCCUCCUCCCUGCCUCGGUCUGGAGCCAACAGGUGCCCACGAACUGCGUGAUCAAGAGGGAGCAGGAGAAAUGCAUGGAAAUGAUGGAAUCCGACGAUCCGGGGAACGAUCCAGAAUUCGGUUGUCCGUGGAUGUGGGACAACCUGACGUGUUGGCAGCCGGCCCAGAUCGGCGAGGUAGUCGAGGUCAACUGUCCAGAGCUCUUCUCUCAGUUCAUCAGCGAGGAAGACUACGAGGUUGGGAAGGUGAGCCGGAACUGCACUGAGUUUGGUUGGUCAGAAACUUUCCCUCAUUACAUCGACGCCUGUCUGUAUGAGGAAGGAAACAGCAGCCAUCCCGACAUGUACUACGUGUCGGUGAAGGCUCUGUACACUGUGGGCUACAGCACCUCACUGGUCUCCCUCACCACAGCCAUGGUCAUCCUGUGCAGGUUCAGGAAGCUGCACUGCACCAGGAACUUCAUCCACAUGAACCUGUUUGUGUCGUUCAUCCUGAGAGCUAUUUCUGUCUUCAUCAAAGACGGCGUGUUGUACGCCAAAGAGGACAGCGAGCACUGCUUCAUACACACACUGGAAUGUCGGGCGGUGAUGAUAUUCUUCCACUACUGCGUCCUCUCUAACUACUUCUGGCUUUUCAUCGAGGGGCUUUACCUUUUCACUCUGCUCGUCGAGACCUUCUUCCCCGAAAAGAGAUAUUUCUACUGGUACAUCAUCAUUGGCUGGGGGACCCCCACGGUGUGUGUGACCAUCUGGGCCGUGCUGAGGCUGCACUUUGAUGAUAUCGGGUGUUGGGACAUGAAUGACAAUGCUGCCAUCUGGUGGGUGAUAAAGGGACCUGUGCUGGCUUCCAUCAUGAUCAACUUUGUCCUCUUCGUCGGCAUCAUCAUCAUCCUCGUCCAGAAGUUGCAGUCCCCAGAUAUUGGAGGAAAUGAGUCCAGCAUUUACCUGAGGUUGGCUCGCUCCACGCUGCUCCUCAUUCCUCUGUUCGGGAUUCACUACACUGUGUUUGCCUUUUCCCCCGAGAACGUCAGCAAGCGCGAGCGUCUGGUGUUUGAGCUCGGACUCGGCUCCUUCCAGGGCUUCGUGGUGGCUGUCCUCUACUGUUUCCUGAAUGGAGAGUAUAUCCCUCAAGGUGCAAUCGGAGAUCAAGAGGAAAUGGCGCAGCUGGACGGUGAACAGGUACUUUGCUGUGGACCUGAAGCACCGGCAUCCUUCGCUGGCGAGCAGUGGAGUGAACGGGGGAACACAGCUGUCCAUCCUCAGCAAGAGCAGCUCGCAGAUCCGCAUGUCCAGCCUGCAGGCCGAGACCCCGGCCACCUGAGCGGCGCCGCCGGGGACGCCGCGCCCGCAGCCAAGCCCGACAACGACAAAACCGCCGCGCCCGACCUCGUCCCGAUGACCAGCCUCACAAACCCCUUCCUCAACCCGUACCCGAACCCGUACCCGGACGACACCACGAUGGAGACCCAACUCACCUCCAGCGACCCCGAACAGCCUCUAGUCUGACCUGCCUCACCCUGAAAUACGACCAAACCUGAACUCCCAUCAGGUGCCAAAUACGGAAACCGCCGCCCCCACGUGACCUGACCUCUGACCUCGCUCAUGUGCAGCUGGAGGGAAAACACACUUCGUCCUCCUGCUCCUGAGCGGAGGCUCACAGGGUGUGAAUGAGGAACCUGGUGUGUGUCUGUGUGUGUGUAGUUUAUUGUUGAGCUGAGAUGUUUGUGUAAGUGUUGAAACAGAGGGACCAGUUUACUGCUGUGUGUGUGUGUGUGUGUGUGUGUGUGCGUGUGUGUGUGAUCAUUCCAGUUCAAAACAUUUUCACCCCGACCUCAACACAAACUUACUCUAUAUUUAUAAACCGUUACCGGUCGAUGAAUCGCAGCUGCUCUUCUUUUUUUAAAAACUAAAUUCAUCGAAGACACAAUUUGACUCGUUGUAGUAAUUUUAAAGCAAAGUUCCACAAUUGUUCUGAUCGGCUCGUGGAAACCGUCGUAUAACAACGCCGUCGUCCAUGUUUGAUAUUUUGGCUUCUAUGGUCCCAAAUUGCAGAACUAAAAAAAAGAAAGUUUAAAGCGAGGUGAUGAACCCUAAUAUACAGAUGUAUCUUAAAUGAGUUCAGAUUCUAAAGGAGAGCGAGGAUUCGCGCUCACAUCAGUGUUAAAGACGGACAUUUUUUAUUAUCAGUGUUACUGAGAGCGGCUGAAGAAGAAGAAGAAGAAAACGUCUCGCCUGCUUUCCUUUUCUAAAGUCAUUUUUAAACGUCCGCCGCUCUCUCGAUGUACAGAAAACGUGAAUGUGUAUCGUUGUUACCUGCUACUGACACAAGCCUCGGUUUCCUGUGACUGACAAACAAAAACAAAACAAAGGCUUCUGGAGACGACAAAGACUGAGGAAUAUUGAGCGUGGAAACACGGAAAACACAGCAUUUACGGUGAUGAGGACAUAUUUUGUAUCAUUAAUGUGAAAUGCCAAAAAAAAACAAGAAGAAGAAAGGAUUCAUAGCAGGGUUGGACGUGUCUUCUUUGGAUGUACAUGCAUCACUGGAGGUUUCUCCCUCUCCUUUUUGCCGCCGACCACAAACGCCAUCUUUUGUCAAAUGGAGACGUCUGAAACGAGUGUUUGUGGUUUUGAAAACAGCCGUUCGUACAGAAAAUGUCAAUGACAACAAACUUGCAUGGAACUGCAUUUAUUGUCCACAUUGUUUUGCUGUUACUUUGUUUUGCGUCGUGUGUUUUAGUGAAAAGGGCUGUUGGAGAGGCGUCGCGCUGUAAAACGUCAGCCUCUGAAACAGCCUCACACUGGCCAGAGUAAAAGUGUACGAUCUAUCUGAAACAUCACCGCACUUACUGUAUGAAGGGACGGAUUUUUACAAGAUUUUUCUCUUUUUCGAUGAUUUCAACAAACCCCCUCACGUUGACCUGUGUUUCUGCAGAUAGAACCCGCGUCACUUUUUCAAGGGUGACUUUUAACCGUGGGUAAUAAUUCUCAAUCCAAAGACGGAUUCAUUUGUUUUUGUUUCAUCUGUUUGCAAAACGAUGUCACUGCAGUUUUUUUUUAUUCUCCCUCGACUCUGAAGCCCCGAACGCGAUUCUAUAGUUUGUGUCUCCAAAAAGUGCCUUGAAGCACAAUUCAUCGAGUAUUUUUCACUUUUGUUGACAAUUUAAAAAAAAAAACGGCAACUGCAAAGUAAAAGAAUAGGAAAAAUAAGGGUUUGACAAAGUGCUUUUAUGAUGCUUAAGACUAAAUCAAGUGUUUUUAAACUCGGAGGCCUUCAAAGUCCUUUAACUCGCCUUUGUUAAAGACGUGCGGAAAAUACGACGACAGGUUAGUGUUUUUAAUAAUAAUAAUACUGCACAUUUUACUUCAUUGUACAGUUCACUCGUUCACAUACACAUGUAAAGGGAAAAUGACUGGAGUGUAACAAAAAAAACCUUUGAGCUGCUGUUAAAUGUUUUCAAACUGUUUCACAGGAAGUCCUUUUGGUUCCGUUGUGUUCUAAGUGUCUGAAACUGGAACUGCAAAACUCCAAAAACCAACAAACGUGUGGACUUUUACGAGAACAGAGAAGCACAUGUCGCCUGUUUAGUGUUAUAAUGUAGAUAAAUGUUCACUUUGUAGCCAUUUACACGCAAAAAAACAACAAACGCCAAUAACCUGAAGUCCUGAAUACGACAAAAGCGCCAUUCACUUUAAAUUUUAAGAAUAAGAAAAUAGAUUUUUUGAAUAAAUAUUGAGCUAUUAUUUAUUAAUGCUUUUUUUUUUUC